AUGAGUUCCAGAAUGUCUGGACCUAUUGUCGGUUUAGGAAAAACCGACAAUGAAUACUCUGAGGAGAAGAAGUAUAAGCUUUCCUUUAAGCAAAGGGCGAUAAAUGCCUCCAACAAAUUAAGGACUUCUUUUGGCAAGAAAAGCAGGAAAAAUGGGAAAGUUGUGUCUGUUGUUGAGCAUGUACAUGAUGCGGAAGAAUUGAAAAUAGUUGAUGCUUUUCGUCAAGCUUUGAUCUUGGAAGAAUUAUUACCCACAAAACAUGAUGAUUACCACAUGAUGUUAAGAUUUUUGAAGGCAAGGAAAUUUGAUAUUGAAAAGACUAAACAAAUGUGGGCUGAUAUGAUCAAAUGGAGGAAGGAUUAUGGUACAGACACAAUCAUGGAGGAUUUUGAUUUCCAAGAAAAAGAGGAUGUUUUUAAAUACUAUCCUCAAGGACACCAUGGGGUUGAUAAGGAAGGAAGACCUAUUUAUAUUGAACAACUUGGUAGAGUCGAUGCUACCAAACUCAUGCAAGUCACAACACUCGAGCGUUAUGUUAAGUACCAUGUAAAGGAGUUUGAAAGGACGUUUAUUGAUAAAUUCCCAGCUUGCUCUAUCGCUGCCAAAAAGCACAUUGAUCAAAGCACCACCAUACUUGAUGUACAAGGAGUGGGACUAAAAAACAUGAACAAAAAUGCUAGGGAGCUUAUCCAAUUUCUUCAGAACAUUGAUGGAAACAACUACCCUGAGACUCUAUGUCGAAUGUACAUUGUCAAUGCGGGGACCGGGUUUAGGAUGUUGUGGAGCACUGUCAAAUCAUUCCUUGAUCCAAAGACUACUGCUAAGAUUCAUGUUUUGGGAAGCAAAUUCCAAAACCAGCUUCUGGAAAUGAUUGAUGCUAGUCAACUUCCAGAGUUCUUGGGUGGAACUUGCAACUGUGCUGAUAAAGGUGGUUGCAUGCGAUCAGACAAGGGCCCAUGGCAAGACCCGGAUAUCAUGAAGAUGGUCCAUAAUGGUCAACACAAAUGUUCAAAGAAUCAAAUCCCAGAAGAGAAGACAAUUUCUGAAGAUUGCCAAUCUGCAAACAUGAAAAGCUCUGCUUCCAACAAAGACCUUGAAUCUACCAAAAAGCAAGAGGACAUCAAGAAACCAAGCCUCAUUUCAUCGCAAGAAAAAGACUUGGUGAAGAAUCACCAACCAAGGGUAGAAAAGUCAGAUGACCACAUACCUAUGGUUGACAAAGUUAUGGAUGAUUCUAUUUAUUAUCCAAUCCAUGAUGCUCGCAAACCUAUCUCUUCACCUGAUGGAAUAGGAAACCACCUUUUUAGUGGCAUGAUGACAUUGGUGAUGGGAGUUAUGACCAUGCCAGGAUCUUACAAGUUGCAGCCACCUGUCGUCUCAGCUGCCGAGUUCUUUUCAGUGAUGAAGCGCGUGGGAGAGUUGGAGGAAAAAGUUAUCAUCCUCAACAACCAACCAAACCAAAUGCCCCCUGAGAAAGAGGAAAUCCUUAAUAAGGCUUUGUCACGCGUUGAAGCUUUGGAAAUUGAGCUUGUUGCUACCCGAAAGUCUUUGGAGGAAUCACUUUGUCAACAACGCGAGUCUUUGGAGGAAUCACUUUGUCAACAACGCGAGGUUAUGGCAUACCUUGAGAAGAAGAAAAAGAAGAAGAGGUUUUUUCGUUUGUGAAGUAUCAGUAUUGUGAUGUGAAGCGAUCGUAGGAAGGGAAGGAAUGUGAUAACCCUGUGCUGUUGUUGAUUUUGAGCCCAUGUUUAUCUAUGAAGGUUUGUUUUGUUGCGAUUUGGAAGGUUGUGUAUAAGUAUUUAUUUAUUGACAUUGUUUGGAAUUCUUUAUACAUUGUUUGUAUCUACGGGAUAAAGAAAGUAUGAGAGUGGGAGGCCAAAUGAUGGUGCUUCUCGUCUUAAGUUUUAAGUGUGUUUUUUUCUUAUAAACCUAUGAAAUAUUACAGGAAUCUUGAUACGUCUUGUAUUACUCCUGUUCCAACAAAUUUUUACAAGUUUCUUUUGUG